AUGUUAGUGGAAAUCCCACCUGAAAAAAACUUUUUUCCUAAUGUAAUCCACAUUGAUUUGUUUCUUUUUCUUCAUGGUUGAAUUCUCUUAGUGAAGAGUGAAGAUUCAUUAGUUAAUUUUCUAUGACAGAGGCAACGAGGGACAUGAAAACCUUGGAGGAGGAAGAAGAAGCAGAAGUUGGAAUUGAGAUGUGGAAGUACAUAUAUGGAUUUGCUGAAAUGGCUGCAGUGAAGUGUGGCAUUGAGCUAGGCAUAGCUGAUGUCAUGGAAAGCCAUGGAGGCCCCAUCACUCUUUCUGCUUUGUCUUCUUCCCUGGGGUGCCCGCCUUCUGGUUUGAACCGGAUCAUGAGGUUCCUGGUGAGCCGGAGAAUAUUCAAGGAGGUGGAGACAAGCCAAGGCGAUACAGGCUAUCAACAAACACCCAUGUCACGGUGCCUGAUGACGAGCGGAGGAGAUGGCAUGGCUGCCUUUGUGUUGCUGGAGAGCAGCCCAGUGAUGCUGGCUCCAUGGCAUGGCCUGAGCGCCCGGGUUCUAGGGAAAGGGAACUCAACGUUCGAGGCUGCGCACGGGGAUGAUAUCUGGGGCUAUGCAGCUAAAAACCCUGAUCACAGCAAGCUUAUAAAUGAUGCAAUGGCUUCUAAUGCUAGGAGGGUAGUGCCAGCAAUGGUGAAUGACUGUCCAGAGGUGUUUGAUGGGGUGAGCACCCUGGUGGAUGUAGGUGGGGGCAAUGGCACCGCCCUGCGGACGUUGGUCAAGGCCUGCCCAUGGAUUAGAGGCAUCAACUUUGAUCUUCCUCAUGUCGUGGCCACUGCUCCUAAAUGUAACGAUGUUGAGCAUGUUGGAGGAAACAUGUUCGACAGCGUCCCCAAAGCUGAUGCUGUUUUCAUCAUGAAGGUCCUACAUGAUUGGGGAGAUGAAAAGUGCAUCAAGAUCCUAGAAAAAUGCAGAGAAGCCAUUCCGGAGGACAAAGGGAAGGUGGUAAUUGUAGAAGCCGUGAUUGAAGAUGGUGAUCCUCAAGGUGAUGAUCAGAAGCUCAAGGAUGUGAAGUUGAUGGUAGACAUGGUUAUGAUGGCACAUACUACUACAGGCAAAGAAAGGACCUUCAAGGAAUGGGACUACGUCCUUCUCAAUGCUGGUUUUAGUCGAUAUACCAUAAAACCUAUUCGCAAUAUUGUGCAGUCUAUCAUUGAAGCAUACCCUUAGUAUAUCGCAAGGUAAAUCCCUCUAAAUUAACCUGAGGAAACAAAUAUUCAUCUGUUUUAUUUCUUUGGAAAUAUGAUUCAGUCAUCUUUCCAUCUCAAUUUUAACAUCAUCUCGCUCACCAAUCAUGUAAAUCGGACCUAAUUUUGUAUUAUUAAUUCCCUAAUAUUAAUGCUUGAUUUUCAUCUUUCCCG